AAUUGGAAACAAUUGAAGCGAGACCAAGCAGCAUUUUUUAUCUCUUAACUGAUUGCAGCUUUGAGCUGGAGCUCCACCAUUGUGUGGGAAGGAUUUCAGGAGAGCAUGGAUCACAUAGGGGCACAUCACCUCCACCACAGCCAUGCAGAGCCUAUCAGCUUUGGGAUUGACCAGAUUUUGAACAAUUCAGACCAGGGGAGCUGUAUGAUCUCCAAUUCCAGGCUCCAGGAUUCCGAUUAUGGAUUGGGAUGUAUAGUCAGUAGCGCCUACAAUACAAUGACCGGCAACUACAGUAACAACAGCACCGGUGGAUAUAACAACAGUGCCUGCAGCAUGGCCUCCUUGACUGGUUCUUACAAUAUGAACAUGGGGAUGAAUAUGAAUGGUAACAACCUCAAUUCUGCUGGGGUUAUUAGGGUACCAGCACAUAGACCUUUGACUAGUAGCAUGCACCAGCCUAUUUCCACUGGAAUGCCAACUGUGCCCAGUGUUGGGGCAAUGAAUAAUAUGAACAAUCUCACAGGGUUAACCUUCCCCUGGAUGGAAAGUAAUAGGAGGUACACUAAGGACAGAUUCACAGUGGCCCUCUCACCCUUCACUGUAACACGCCGUAUAGGUCACCCGUACCAGAACAGGACGCCCCCCAAGAAGAAGAAGCCCCGCACCUCGUUCACCAGGCUGCAGAUCUGCGAGCUGGAGAAGAGGUUCCACCGGCAGAAGUACCUGGCGUCCGCCGAGAGGGCAGCCCUGGCCAAAGCGCUGAAAAUGACGGAUGCCCAGGUGAAGACCUGGUUCCAGAACAGGCGGACUAAGUGGAGAAGACAGACAGCAGAAGAGAGGGAAGCAGAGAGACAGCAAGCCAACAGGAUAUUAAUGCAACUCCAGCAGGAAGCCUUUCAGAAGUCCAUAAACCAGCCUCUCCAGCCAGAUCCCAUCUGCAUUCACAAUUCUUCCCUCUUUGCCCUGCAGAACCUCCAGCCUUGGUCAGAUGACUCCUCCAAAAUUACCAGUGUCACCUCCGUGGCCUCUGCCUGUGAAUGAACAGGGACAAAUGAGAGACUUUUCUGAUGGGAAAGGACUGACUGAAAUGUAUUCUCUUGACUUUUUCCAGCAACUCAAAUAAAACCACAGGAUAUGGCUUGUCAGAGAGAUACCAACCCCAAGCUUCACAGACGCUACUUAGUCAUACACAACCUCUGCUCCCUGUUUGGAUCAAGACUGUAUUAUACUGUAUUCUUUUGCAUUUUAAGAGCAACAUCAUUAUAUGGUAUCCUCAAAGAUCACAUAUGUCCCCAAACUAAUCUCUCCUGGCUCCCACUAGGUUAAGAAGUUAUCACAAUUACUUUGCUUCAGUCUUAAUUAUACCUAAGUGUAAUUGUCUGUAUUUCAUAUUAAUGUCUGAAA